AAAACCUUUUUCAUUUCCUUCCUUCUUCCUUCACCAAACUGCUUUUUAACACAAUGUCUAAGCAAUUGAGCGCUGAAGAAUUCCACCGAGACAUUGCGCUGCCCCUGCUCUCGUGGCUGAAAACAUUUAAUCACACAGAACUCCCCAGCUCUUUCACCGACAUGAUUGAGAAGGACGAAAACUUGCGAAAUAAAGUCUACAAUCAAAACGGAAUCAAUAUUUCAAUACAUUCUCUCGCCACUCUAGCGAACAACAAUGCCUUGGACAGAGCAGUUGUGGACAACACCCUAAACCUAUUUGAGAACGCAUUUUCUUCAACAAACACCAUUUUCGUCCCAUCUGAGAUCACAUCUCAUUGGCAAGAAGAAGACUCAUUUAACGCUGUUUUCUUUGGUAACGCUGUUGCCGUUUUUGACUUAGAUAGAGGGGACCAGUGGGAAACAGAUGGGCGCAACGUACACCAGCCCACAAAGAUGCAUGGUGAAAGGAUGAAUAGCACGAUAACAAGUGACCGUAGACAAUAUUUUAUUUCGAGGAAAAGAAUUAUUCAUGAUUUUGAUCCUCAUUACCCUUUUUUUCCUUCUCUUUUCUAUCAGACUCGCAUCUUUCUUCCUCUUCUACACGUCGUUUUCUUUUCCUCGAUACUUGUUCUAGUACUGCCGUGCUCCAUGACCUAGACAUAGUAUGUGCAGGAUUGUCCAAUAAAUCCUUACUAUCCUGAAUAGAUUUUAACAACGCUUGACGUAAGUCGAUCUCAUUCUGGAGCUGAAUGGAACGUCCUAUUAAAUGCGAGCGACGGGCUAAUUCCUCCAAGUCUUCUGGGGGCUCCUUGCUUGUCAACAUUGCAUUCAAUAUCUCUGAAUCACAUUCCAUUUUAAGAUAUGCCAGUUCCUUGAUCUUGGAUUCUCCGAGUGAUAUAAUCAUAUCUGCACGCUGCAACACAGGAUUGGCAGUAACUCCCCGAUCCUGUCUGGAACUUGUUGUUACGCCGCUGAUGCUUGCGCCGCUGGCACUUGUUUCCGGCUUGGUGUGUCCCUGAGGCAAAGCGAUUCUUGUGGACUGUGCGGGAGGUGCGGUUUCUUGGUUCGUAUCGACCUGAUUCAUCUAACGUUGUUACG